GGGCGAUGACUUGGUUCAUUACUGCAAAUACCAAACAUUGGACCGUGAGAAAAUGGUUGUGGUAAGAAUGCUUAGGUUAUGUUCACAUUCAGUACCGGGCAGUUUUUUGUGGCGCAACAAAAAGCUGUCCGGUAUAUUUAUUUACUAUAAACAGCAACAGCUCGGGGCGGCACAAGUCGUUCACACACAUCUAACAUCGUGCCGGCGUGGUUGGCCGAGAGGGCUUGGUGUCCAGUUCUCACUUCUGAAUAUUUUUUCGUCUCAGCGGGUUCCAGUCCUCGCACAAACUUAGUUACUAAGGUGGUCACACUGCACCAAAGUAGGGCACAAAACCUAUCCGAUAUAUGACGCUCGACUUUCGAAACCGUUCUUGUGUUUGAACAGAAACCCGAUCCGGUAUGAUUUUCGUGGCGGCGCAAAAGCUAUCAGGUACAGUGUGAAGAUAACCUUACCAAAGUACGUUUUACGUCGUCAUGUCCCAAAGUUUAAAAGCAGCAAAGAAGGAAGUAGAUAAAAAUCGUCGACGUCGCGCCCGUUUUCUCAAGUAGCUCUUCUGUAACCUGCACUCAGACGUCUACUUACUUACGAUCGACUGCUUUUCAUGCAUUUCUCAACAUCUCAAAAAUCUCAGCUAAAUCUGUUUAAUCUGCUGAAUUAUAGUAAAGAAAAGUAUGCCUUAACUUACCCCAAAACAAAUGGUCGGUUUUUCGGGGCGCGUGAUUUACCUUAUUCGAAGCUCGGGACUCGGGAUUUUAUUCCAAAAUGGGGGCGGGAUUCGUAAACGGAAUAACCAUCGAGGUUACGGAAUUGAGGGGAAAUUGGAAUCGGAAUAACGGGACUGAAGACCUCUUUUGGGGACGCUAACUUUGAAAUGCAUUAACUUUUUUAAAUAUGUGGAUGCCCGCUCUUUACCUAAUAAUUUGUUGCUCUCACGCUUGAUCUUCUGUGCAUUUGAAACACGCAGGGUGGCCAGGCUACCUCCCAAGAAAUGUGCGUAGACUUUCUAUUUUAUUACCCACGGAUGGCGAAUAUUUAUCAGUUCUGUAGCAGUUUACUGUACGCGCCAAUCAAAGACUUUGUUGGGAAAUACUUGUAAGUAACAUCUCAUCAUGCUUGCCAAUCAAAGACUGCAUUUAAUAGCAAGUACUUCCACUGAAGAAAAAGAUUCUUAUUGAACCAUAACUAUCUUAAAAACGGAAAUUUUGGUGACCUAGCGAUGAAAAUACAUUGGCAAGUUUAUCUUCAAACAUAAAUCGACUUCAAGAAAUGACUGCAUAAUCUAGAUAGAUGACCCACCUGAUUGAUUGCUGAAAUAAAUGGCAAAAUUCGGUGCACGUUGAGAACUGAAUUUCUCUAAGUUAUUUAAAGAAGUCUACAUAGACUGCCUAAGUUUAAGACAAUUGGUGGACCUUCCAAUUUGAUUACGCUUGGAUUAUCAGUUUCAUAAGCUAAACAUUUUGGUCUGCCCCACAGCUAUAGAAGAACCUUCUUGACACUGCUUAACUGGCAGCGGUUAAAUAACCGGCCCUUAGUCUUAAUUAACAGUUGUUGUAUUUUUAGUCUGGUAUCCAUUCUUGUCCCGCCACAAAAGCUUUGACACCAUGAGUUCAAAUGCUCAUAGUGAACUUGGAUCCAAUAUGUUGAUUUUUGAUUUUAGUCCGGAUGUUAACGUGACUUACCCAAAUCCUAUGGUUGGUAUGAACAUAACAUGGACCGAAGACAUGGUGUCAGAUUUGCGAUCAAGAAUGGAUAACGCCAUGGGAUACACAGCUCUAUGUAAAGGCUGGGUAAGUGCUUUCAGUUCAUGAUUAUCAGUGACAUCAGUAGACAAUUCAUAGACCUCAAGCUGUAAACCUGUCUUCGAAUGAACGAAUUGCAGGGUAGAUGCAACUCAAAAUUUGGUGCGCCUUAGUACUUGUGCGAGAGUGUACGAGCUUAAAAAGCUUGCUGUGACAUCUAGUGUGAAGAUAAUUGUACUCUGUCGAUAAGACUAAUAAUAAUAAUAAUAAUAAUAAUAAUAAUAAUAAUAAUAACGAAUAUUUAUACAGGAUAGCCCUUCAGUGCAAGAGCACUGUUAUCAAAGGGGUCCUGUCAUAAUAACAUAAUAUAAGGAUAAAAACUAAAAUAAGAUAAGAAUGACUACGCAACUAACUAACUACACUAUACAAAAAAUUGAUCUAAAGACUCCCUAAAUAGUAUCCUACAGCUAAUUUGCUUGAUUUUUAAAGGUAAAGAAUUAAAAGCUGAAGCGCCUAAAAAGUAAAAACUUUUCCGAGCAAAGUCAAGUUUCACUUUCGAAAAUAUUACCCUGUUUUACACCCGCUGGGUCAAACUGUGCUGUGUCUUGCCCUUCCUUAUUGGAAAAAAGAUGAUGAUGUUCUAUUCCUAUCUUGAAUCGCCCAUGUGCCUUUAUUGAUCCAUUUACAGCUCGUUAUCUAAUUUUCCUGGACCAUUCAUUUGCCUGCUGCCUUUCAAAAUCUCUGACAUACUGGGCGUUAACCCAACCGAUCUUAAGAAAUCGCCUAUAAAGCUUCGAGGCCAGCACCUUUUCAGCUUUGCAGUAGAAUUUUGUAAAACAGUUUUUCGAUUUUAAAAUAAUCUUAGUUAUUAGUCCUCGAAAGGGACAGACUAUGAAUAACUGUUACUUCUCCACAUAUCUAAAUGUAGUGACUGUUCACAGUAGGAUGCCUAAAAUGCAUGCAAUUCCUCAAUUGAUUUCGGCUUCAUUAGAUCUUACGCUAGUUUUAGGAGGAGCCACCGCAGCGCUGUUCACGUUCGUAAGGGUAUACUAAAAGAUGAACUAAAACAAUGCUGUCUUUUAGAGGUAGUCUGUACAUGGACGUUGUUUUCUUCAGUUUUUCCGUUUGAAAGUCGAAGGUCGACGAGCACGCGCACGAGGGCGUUUUCUUUUUUCCCCACCCCAGCCCAUUACGUUAUUUUCAAUAUAUCGCCCACGGUUUUCAUUUCCAUACGCGCGCUCGACGAUCUCUACAGGAAAAAUAGAGGGUCUGGUCUCUAUUUAGAGGACACAUUUGCUGUGAAUUGUAACAUUUGAUUUCAUAUUCCACAGGGUAAAUAUGAGUGGUUACCAAAUCCAAAAGUCACCAAGCCUUUACCUCCAACAAAAUCACCCUGUAUCCAGCCCACCCUUGGAGAUCCUGAAGGCGAAGGUUCCUUUGUAUCUGCCUCUCGCAGCCUUGUUGUGCUUCUGUUUGCUACUAAUAUCAUGUUUUUUGUGAUAAAUUAAUAGCCUCAUUAUUCUUUUUCUUUUUGACGUUUUGUUGUGACUUUAAACAUAUAUAUAUGCAGAUAUCAUACCAUUAUAUUACUUUGUAAAAUCGGUUUUAUCCGGACAAAGGCCAAUAAAUCUUAUCUUGCU